CACUCCUCCGACCUCCGCACACACUCUCCCCCAUCUCGGCCAUGGCGGCGGCGGCGGCGGCGGCGGCGGAGAAGAAGAAGACGUUCGUGCUCUACCCGUCGCUGGGCGUGGGCCACCUGAACCCCAUGGUGGAGCUGGCCAAGCACCUGCUCCGCCGCGGCCACGGCGCCGUCGUCGCCGUCGUCGACCCGCCGGACGGCGACGCCACCUCGGCCGCCGCGGUGGCGCGCCUCGCCGAGGCCAACCCAUCCAUCGCCUUCCGUCUCCUCCCGGCCCCGGCCAGCCCGGACCCCGCCGCGCACCCCAUCAAGCGCGCCCACGACACGCUCCGCCUCGCCAAUCCCGCGCUCCGGGCCUUCCUGCGCGCGCUGCCGGCCCCCGCCGACGCGCUGCUGCUCGACAUGUUCUGCGUCGACGCGCUCGACGUCGCCGCCGACCUCGCCCUCCCCGCCUACUUCUUCUUCGCAUCCGCGGCAAGCGACUUCGCCCUCUUCCUCAACAUGCCCUACCUCUACCCGGGCCUGCCGUCGUUCAAGGACAUGGGCGACACGCUCGUGCGCUGCCCCGGCAUGCGCCCGAUCCGCGCGGUGGACAUGCCGCUGUCGGUGCAGGACAAGGAGCUGGACAUGACCAUAGCCCGGAUGUACCAGUUCAAGCGCAUCGCCGAAGGGAGGGGCGUCCUGGUCAACAGCUUCGACUGGCUGGAGCCCACGGCUCUCAAGGCUCUCGCCGCCGGCGUCUGCGUGCCCGGCCGGCCGACGCCCAGGGUGUUCUGCAUCGGGCCGUUGGUCAACGACGGCAAGAAGACCGGGGACGGCGAGACGCGGCGGCACGAGUGCCUCGCGUGGCUGGACGCGCAGCCGGAGCGGAGCGUGGUGUUCCUCUGCUUCGGCAGCAUCGGCGCCGUAUCGGCGGAGCAGCUGAAGGAGAUAGCUCACGGGCUCGACAACUCCGGCCACCGAUUCCUGUGGGUCGUGCGUACCCCUCCGGUUGAUCCGGCCAAAUUCUUCGAGCCGCGCCCGGAGCCAGACCUGGACGCGCUCCUCCCGGAGGGGUUCAUGGAGAGGACACGAGACAGAGGCAUGGUGCUGAAGAUGUGGGUGCCGCAGGCGGAGGUGCUGCAGCAUGCCGCCACCGGCGCCUUCGUGACGCACUGCGGUUGGAACUCGACGCUGGAGGCGAUCAUGGCAGGGGUGCCGAUGAUAUGCUAUCCGAUGUAUGCAGAGCAGGCCCUGAACAAAGUGUUCAUGGUGGAGGAGAUGAAGAUCGCCGUCCCAUUGGAGGGGUAUGAGAAGAGGAUGGUAAAGGCGGAGGAGAUAGAGGCUAAGGUGAGGCUGGUGAUGGAAACUGAGGAAGGGAUGAAGCUCAAGGAGAAGCUUGCGGCGGCGAGGAAGAUGGCGUCGGACGCGAUCGGCGAAGGCGGGUCUUCUGAAGUGGCAUUCGCAGAGUUCUUGAGGGAUUUGGAGAACAGCAGGAUGGAAAAUGGAGGGUGCAACAAUUGAUCAAGCUGGAUGACAGAUUUGCUCUGGAUUCUGGAAGGAUGGUAGUGACGACUUACAGAAUUCAGAUAAUGCAGAUUUUCUCAGCAGCACAAGAGAAAAAUAUACUCCCUCUGUAAACAAAUAUAAGAACGUUUAGAUCACUAAAGUAGUGAUAUAAAUGUUCUUAUAUUAGUUUAAGUAGUGAUAUAAAUGCUCUUAUAUUAGUUUACGGAGGGAGUAGUUUGUAUUACUGCAUUACUCCAUCUAGUGCAGCAGCGCUCAUUGCUCGCUGAAA